GUUCAUUUACCUUUAUUCAACGUUGCAAACGAAGCAGUGGGCUGUAGAAGAAGCAGCUGGUGAUUUGAAGCGGCCAGCCUGCGAGUUUUUGACGGUCGCCAUGACUUAACUAGAUGAGCUUGGCGCUUUAGCUGCAAUGCCUCGUCGAUAGGGCCCCUUGGGCUCCCUGGACUCCGCUGAAGUUUUGUUUUGCAAAACAAACACUGAGACCCUACCCGUGUUUAUGUGGUUCUAAAUGUGGUGGACAUCUUGUUGGAGACCGGGACGCAGCUCGACCAAGUACACGCGAGGCCCGGCACAGCAGAAAGAGCCUUCCAGUCCUUCCGGUCAGCCCACUGGCCAAACAAAGGUCACAGAUGGCAGCUUUCCAGGUAGCUCAAGUGAUGUCCGGUCAAGUGGGGCGAGCAGAGAGGCGGAACAGGCGAACCCCCUGCAGAAUGCCCGGCCCGGGCCUUCAAAACAGAACUCGCUAAGGAAGGCAUUGGUCAGGCAACAGACUGCGGGCGAUGCCCAGCCGGCUCCGGGUUCCGGCGAGGCGGAGGUGCCGCGCGGGAGUGGAAACAGCGCCGGGAGUCAUAUGGCAAAACUGGCUGGCAACUGGCCGCGCUCGGCGCCAUCGCAGCAGCAGCAGCAGCAGCAAGCUCCUGUGUCGCCGGCGCGUCCUGCGGCCGCUGCAGCAGCGAUCGCCGCGGCAGGGGGCGUCCGGCAGGCGCAAGCAAGCCCAAAUGCAGCGGGGAAUCAGCGGCUCCCGACGCUGGCUGCGUCCCCAACAGAACAACGCGGCCUGCCCAUGGGGCGGCCCAGCCUGAACGACAUCCAACGUGAAAUCGAGCGCAUGGAGGCGCAGCUCCUUCAAGGCCGACCCGGGCCCGGUAGCGCCGGCCGGCCGGCAUCCCGGCGGCAGCUGAGUGCGUUGAGCAAUAGCACGCCGUCAGCACCUCGGAGUUACGACCUGCACAUAUCGCCGGGGCAGAACCAGAUGUCACCGUCGCUGCAGCAGAUCCAGGCGGCCAGCAACCCGGGCCCAGCGCCGGCGUCAGGGCCGGCACAGAUGGUCUCGAGCGCCGGGGGGCGAGAUCUGAGAAAGCAGCAAAGCAUGGGGCUCGGUGCCUGAUGCCCGCCUCUGCUGUGGCCACAGCCACAGCUUGGACACAGGCAGGGUGCGCAGAAGUUGCACCUUUCGAGUGCAUGCCGGAACAGGCGCUUGCGUGUCGCUGGCACUUCGCCGCCUGCAUUGGUGCAGUUGCCCGGGCUGUCGUUGUUUGAAGUAACGCGUGUUUGCAUGUGUGCGUCGUUAUUUCCAAUGCCAUAUGGAGCAGUUGACAAGUGACAUGUGGUGGCUUGUAGGUUAGUAACGCUUGCCAGGACUAAUGCUUAACUUGAAUGCGCAGGACGCGCACAGUCCGUGCAUCCGAAAGCGCACUUUGCGCUGUGUUGAGGUCCUUUGUCCAGAGUGCUCGUGCCAGCACACCUCACGGAGGUGUCAUGUGCCCUACAUACCACGGACUGAGUUACAGGCAUGCUCAUGGUGGGGGUGGCGUGGGGCUAAUGGCCAUGGUGAUUUGGGGCCUGCAGCAUGUCACUGUGCAACAAAUGAAGGUUGUGGUUUAAGCUUUCUGGUGCCAAAGAGUAUCAGGGCUGGUGCGGCAUGGGUGCGUAGAACUGCAUACUGCUUUGUGGCGCGUGCGAACUGCUAGGGGGUGCGGUGCCGGGGCGAGGGAUUGUAGUGCACUAGUGCGGCGUAGUCCGGGAGCAAGGAGUCCGCAUGCCUGGACGUCAGGCGGCCACAGCCCGCUUCUUAGUUGAGUGCCUCUUCCUGGUCGCCACGCUGCUGCACCUCUUGUUUGUAUUGGCAUCUAAUACCGGCUUGCACUGACGAGCACUAUGUGGGUGGCUCGGGUGCCUUUGGGCGAGUUAUGCCACUCUGGUUCGAACGGUAAUGAGGUUGGCGAACGGUUGAGUCCAACGCCCUACAAAAUGCGUUGAGUGUGUGUUGGGCAUUUGCAGUUGUGGGGCCAGGUGCCGAGGGUGCGAGUGCUUAGCCAACGUCCAAGGGUUCGCUCGCCAGGAAAGACUCCGGCUUCAGGCUCGACGGCCCUGGUUGCCGGAAGGCACCUGCGUUCACGUGGCCGCUGGAGUGAGCAGACACCCGGCUGGCGGUGACUGUCCAAACCGACACCGGCUAUGCCUGUGAGAUGAGGCCAACUCGGAAGCCUUCGGCUGAGGCAAGGAACGCGAUGUGGUGUCGGCUCAGCCCACUUCUCCUUGAAGAGCUUGUUACGAGGUUUGUCGGACGCUUUUUGCUAACCAGGAACACGGGCUCGGUCGCGGUUGUGUCGUGAUCGGGGCGAUGUGUACUGCGUGCUGUGGGGGGUGAGCGCAGCUUGGCCAGUAGGCGCCCCUUGCAGACGCUGCGGAUUGCGGCAUGGGCAUACAGGGCCGAAUGCACAUGCGGUGAUAUGAAAGGCAGAUGAAUGGUAUACGUUAUUUACUGCGGUAUGGCAACAUGGCUUGGCAUUGAACGAUUCCAAAGAAGGGCACUGGAGUACGAGCAGCAUUCCUGCGGCAUCGGUGGUGCGGCGACGUGAGACAGCAGCGCCAGUUCUGGCUACUGGUUGCAAGCGGAUUGCCGGACGAAUGAAAGUAGGUCGUGCGUACCGUAUUGGUGUCGGCAGGAAAGCCAAGUUGUGAUCUGGCUCCUGCCGGAUCCUGAUACUGCUGGUGGCAAACAUUCAUGGAAUGGACAUUCCCGUACAUGCGCCUAAGGGCUGACGCGACGGCGAGGAGAGACGUUGCAGGAGUACGUUACCGUUGCUGUGUAUGGGGGCACCGUAUUUUGACGAUGUUUGACAAUGCGAAACCAAGAAAAGCAAGAGCACAUUUAGCGCCGCCACUACACUGAUUUGCUGGCGAGGGUGGGCUGUAACUGACCUGCAUGCGCGGGGUCACCAUGUGUCCUGGCGGGACUCUGAUGAAUGCGACAGGGGGCGGUCCAACCAACACAGACGCGCCGCACCCAUGCCAUGAGGGAUGCUUCUUUCAGGCCUGAGGCCCCUUUGUUGUCCCGACCCUGCUCAGGAAUCGUCGUCUGCAGCACACACAGCGGGGUGGGCAGGCUGCCCGUCCAUGCACGGGACCAUGAUGGCGGGCCCUGCGGUACUGUCAGUCUGUCACCAUCCAAUGUGCGAAGAAAUGCGGCGAACGCUGAGCGCGGCCGAUGAGAGCUGCUGGAGGAUCGCCGUAACCCUACAAUCAUUCCUUGCACAGUGUGAGUUUCCUGGUUUCCGUUAUAAGGGCCCGCAGGCCCCAGGACAGGCCCGUACUUACGGGGACGACGAGUGUGGUGGGAACGAAUGCGUACGUAGACCAGAGCGGACGGCGGAGUGGGCUUGCAGGUGGCACGAGAGUAGGCAGUCAGUAGCGCAAGUUGCGAAUUCACAUGUUACCUCGUAACCGACGGUAAACGCUGUGGACGGUCGCGCCCAUGGCUGGCUGACAGAAAGCGGCUGCUGUAUUGGGAUGGCUGGGCUGGACGACGGCGGCCGGGCGUUGCUUGGGACUACCAGAAAGGAUGCGCCCGAAACCAACCUGGA